GAGCCCACCCCACCCCGCCCCACCCACCCGAGAUCCCCCCCAAGCCAUGGCCGGCGGCGACGUCGAGGCCGCGGCGGCGGCGCCGCUGCUGCCCCAUCCGGCGUCGGACGAGCCCUCCCCGGCGCCGCCCCCCGCCGACCGCUUCGGCGUCGGCUACCUCGUCUUCUUCACCCUGGGCGCCGGCUUCCUGCUCCCCUGGAACGCCUUCAUCACCGCCGUCGACUACUUCGCCUUCCUCUACCCGGGCGCCCCCGUCGACCGCGUCUUCUCCGUCGCCUACAUGCUCUCCUGCCUCCUGCCCCUGCUCCUCAUCGUGCUCUGCUUCCCCAAGUCCAGCGCCCCCGCCCGCAUCAACACGGGCCUCGCGCUCUUCACGCUCGCGCUCCUCGUCGUCCCCGCCAUGGACGCCGUAUACGUGAAGGGGAGGCCGGGGCUCUACGGCGCGUUCGAUGUCACCGUCGGGGCAACCGUCCUGUGCGGGGUCGCCGACGCGCUCGUGCAGGGUGGGGUUAUCGGAUUCGCAGGGGAGCUGCCCGAGAGGUACAUGCAGGCCGUCGUCGCCGGAACCGCCGCCUCAGGUGUGCUUGUCUCAGCAAUGAGAGUCUUUACCAAGGCACUCUACCCACAAGACGCACAUGGGCUAAGGCAGAGCGCAAUCCUCUACUUCAUCGUCGGCAUUGUGGUCAUGAUCAUGUGCAUCGUGUGCUAUAAUGUGGCUGACAGGCUUCCAGUCGUCGUGUACUACAAGAACAUCAAGAAGAGAGCUCAGAAGGCAGAGGUUGGCGGUGGCAUGACAGGUCCUGCCUGGAGAUCAACUUUGUGGAGCAUCGUUGGGACAGUGAAGUGGUAUGGAAUAGGAGUGAUCCUCAUCUACGCGGUUACACUCUCCAUAUUCCCAGGAUACAUCACAGAGGACGUGCACUCUGAGACACUCAAGGACUGGUAUCCCAUCCUCCUCAUCAGUGCCUACAAUGUGUUCGACCUAGUUGGCAAGGCCCUGCCGGCUGUUUACCUCCUCCAGAAUGCCAACAUCGCAGUCGCAGGCUCCUUCGCUAGGCUUCUGUUCUACCCCCUCUUCUAUGGCUGCCUGCACGGCCCCAACUUCUUCCGCACCGAGAUCCCAGUCACAAUACUGACAUGCCUGCUGGGCCUCACCAACGGGUACCUGACCUCCAUCCUCAUGAUCCUCGCGCCCAAGGCCGUGCCCAUCCACCACUCGGAGACCGCCGGGAUCGUCAUAGUGCUGUUCCUUGUGGUUGGUCUCGUCAUCGGUUCAUUUGUAUCUUGGUUCUGGGUCAUCUGAUAGGAGUUCCUCUGUGUAUUCAUGCCAAUGUAUCAUAGCACCAUGUCCAAGCAUCCUGCUUGCUGCUGUUUCAUUUGCCAACUCAAUGGCCAUGGCCCAAGGGUACCUGUAAUUCAUUAGUGUAGCCCAGGUGAAAGACUGGGCAAAUGUGUGUAAUUUACAUUCUAUGGAAGGCAGCCAAAUGUUCAUAUCAACAAACCUCGGCUCCCGUGAAGUUCUUUU